AAUCCGCUUGUUGAUGAUUUGAGAAAGUUAGUCCGUCGUUUCGCCGGUUUCCUGCAUAUACUGAGCAAGGUGCUAAGGCCUAAAUAUGAGUUGGAAUUCUAGUCCGGGUAUGUCUCCCAAUCGACCACAGAGAAGCAGGAAAAGAAAUAAGCUAAUAUAUUAUGGUGAUGAUGACGUCUCGAGCGAAGAGGAAGUCAGAAUGCAGAAGCGGAGAGCGUUGAAAUUGCUUGAAAGUCCACUUGCCGCGGAACAAUCUCCAUCAAGUUCGGUUGAAAAUGUAGCAGUUGCGUCUUUACCUGUGCCUACGUUUGCACCAUCUACUCCUGAAACGCCCAGUGGUGCUAGUACCAGCUCUAAUAUUGCGCAGAGCAGUGUUGCAGACAGGACAAUUGCAAAGAAAAUAGGUUUUCGUCUAAAAAAUCUCCUCAAACUUCCGAAGGCUCACAAAAUGUGUAUUUAUGAAUGGUUUUACUCACAUAUUGAUAAAUGUUUAUUUGAAGGUGACAAUGAUUUCUUACUUUGUUUGAAAGAAUCUUUCCCUACUCUGUCAACAAAGGGUCUCACAAGGGCUCAUUGGGCAAAAAUUAGACGAAUAAUGGGUAAACCACGCCGGUGUUCUGAAGCAUUUUUCAUGGAAGAACGAAACUCAUUAAAAAGUAAAAGAUUCAGAAUUCGUCAACUUCAGCAGAGAAAGGUCAGUGCAGAUGAUGGGUUUACAUUCAACGAUCUACCAAAAGAAAUUCCAAUGUCACUGAUCCUCGGAACGAAAGUAACAGCAAGACUUCGCGGAUCCCAUGAUGGACUAUAUACUGGACGAAUUGAUGCUGUUGACGUUUUAAAUUCAUCUUACAGAGUAACCUUUGACAGAAGAAAUCUUGGCACCAAAGAAGUUUCUGAUAUUGAAGUUGCCAGUGAUGACCCUCAAGAGACAAUGCAACUCACGUCUCUUAUCGAUAGAAAAAGGCCAUUUUAUAAUAUGUUUUCCCCUAUGCAGCCAGAUUUUAAUGACAGUCUUCAAAGUCCCACAAAUGAACAUGAUCCUGUUUUGGGUCAGUCUCCGUUGCGUAGUAAAUUUCCAGGCGGAACUGGUGGUACAUUGGGGGGUUUCCCAGUUAAAUUCCUCGUUCAGGUGGCCCGCCUUUCAAAAAUUUUAGCCAUCAAAAAAGAAAACUUACAAUUACUCGAGCAAAUGAAUUCACAAGCGGAAAAAAGUCACUCGUAUGGAGAGACUCUGCCUAUAGAGUUUCAAAGAAAAUAUGCAACCGUUGUUUUAGAACUUGAAAGACUGAACGCAGAGUUAAAUUCUCUGUUACUCGGAAUACAAAAAUUUUGUUUAGAGCUCUCUCCUGAGAACACAAUUUUAUGUGACCAAGGAUCGCACGUUAGACAAACAGCUAUGGAAAACGCAGAGCAAAUGGUAGAGAGUAAAAACUUAACUACAAAUGGGAAAAAAGCAGUCAAAAAUUGUGGCCUCACAACUCUUGUGAAACAACUCACUGCCAUCAUGAUGCAGAUUCGCUAUCUCAAAGAAAAUAACGGAAAUCCUUUCGAAUUUAAAGCAAUUACAGAUUCCAUGGAUAACAUAAAAGAAAAAAUUAUGCCUGAAAAUAUGGAGUCUUUCCAAAAUAAUGUUGAAAUUCAUAUAGCUCAUAUACAAAGUGGAAUGAACAGAAUUCGAAAAUAACAAAUUGAACGACACUUAUUUGACAUUAUUCAGCGAUUAUAUAUUGUGAUUAUUAUAUAUUUAUUUGGUCUUAUAAUCAGACGAUCAUGAUACAUGGUUCGAGUUAUUGUAGGCAUUACAUUCCUGGAAAUUUUAAUCCAUGACCUAUAUGAAUUACGACUGUUAGACAUUUGUCCCUUAUUGAAAUACUAAUGUGUGAAUUGCAUUCUAGUUAUAUACCUCUCUCAUUUACUCUGAAAUGAAGUUGUUUUCACUGCAUUUUCUUUGCAGUAUUGUUUUGUGAACUCUUAAUUAGUUUUAUAGUUGAUGUGUUUGCGACAUAGCCAACUAAGACUAUACUUUAGCAUGACAAACUUAUUUUUUGCGAAUAAUUUUAUCGUCUAUUAAAUUCAAUAUUACUAUUUUUACUACGAAAUGAUGAUAAAAUUCAGACAUCGAAAUUUUUUUGAAGAAAAGACUUUAAUAAUUAGUUUCCACAGAGUAACUACAUCAUUUUUAAUUGCAUUUCAACUUUGAAAUAAUUUUGUUAUGUGUUGUUUAUACAACAGACUCGAUCACUUUAUUUCUGCUAUGUGGAAUAGUUUGCUCUAUAACUGUUUUUUACUUCAUUUACUAUAAUUCAUUGACUGAACAAGUAAGGCAGUGGUCGAGUUCAAUUUUGAAAAAAAAAAUUAUCUCAAUUUAUUUCAUUCAUUAUUCUUUCUUGGUGAAACUAUUGGUGACUGGCAAAAUCUUAUCUAUGGAAUAUACAUUGUUGAAUUUGUACUAUUUGGAAUUUUUUCAUGGUGUUUGAACCUAGAUUUCCUGAAUGUUACCCUAUUUUCCCUUAUGGAUCACAUUCAAAUUUUCUUGGCGAAAAAUCUUAGGCAAAUGUCAAACCGUCUUCCUUAUGGAGAGUUCUCUCUUAUUCCAAUUCUUUAAUCAAUAUCUCGAACGGAUUCCUUCACUCGGAAAGAAGUAGUCCCAAAUGGAGUAAAUAUUCUUAUUUUCUUUAUUUGUAUUCGUUUCAACUUCAUCUAUUGUCUCCUAUUUGCUUUCCUAUAUUAUUAUAAAUUUGUCGUAUUUGGAUUACAUCUCUAGA